UCGUAUGUGACGUUACGCCGGAACAUAACUCCAGCGCUCUACCAUGCUCCCUUCUGAGCAUUUGAUUUCAACUCAAUGGGCAGAGCAAGGAAGACAAUGAAGCGGCGGAAUCAAACCAUCAGCGCUCUCUGACACACUCCCGCUCAACCACCGUUCGCCCUGCAAAAUCAAUGCGAUAUCGCCGGCGUGUCAGUGGCACGGCUGCCGUGGAGUCGAGCUGACGUCAAAGCUGCUCUUGAGGCAGCAUCCGCGGGCAAGGUAGAAGCGCAGCAGGCCCGGCAGCCAUGGCCACCUUUCACCAUGGCAUCCUCCCAUCGCCGGCCUUGGUCUCGCUCCUGGCCUUGAUCUCGCUGCUUUAUCAAGUCGCGGCUCAGGAGGACGUUCAGAGCCAGUCCCCAGCCCAGGUUCUCGAGGACCUGCUGGCCCGCCACGGCGACAACGACACUAUCACCGUGCCGCAGCUACGCUCCCUUCUGGCGCUCCUCAGCCAGGGCCGUGGCAACGCUGAGGCCGACGCGCUACGCCAGGAUGUUACCGCUGCGACCGUCCCGCCCAAAUUGAACAACUCCAAGUGCUUGCCAGAGGACAAGCUGGCCAUCUACAGCAUGGGCGAGCAGUCUCGUCUGGACGGGCGGGGCUUGCGGGACUUGUGCCCCACCAUGCUGCAACAGCUGGAUGCCGGCGCCUGCCGCGCCCACGAUCGAGCCGAGCCGAGCGGCGACACCUCGCCGAGGCCGACCGACGCCGAAGUGUGGGGCUUUUCUUUCCUGAGUGUGUCUGUGGUCAACGUCUUCGCCCUCACCGGAGUCUUCAUGGUGCCCGUGAUGAAGACGCGAUACAUGAAGCACGCCUUCACCUUUUUCAUCGCGCUGGCCAUCGGCACGCUCUACUCCACCGCCGUCCUGCAGCUGCUGCCGGAGGCCUUUGGUUUUGACCCCAUGGUCGACUUCUACGCCUCAAAGUCUGCUGUGGUCUUUGGAGGCUUUUACCUCUUCUUCUUCACUGAGAAGAUCCUGAAGAUGCUCCUCAAGCAGAAGCACGAGGGUCACGGCCACAGCCAUUACUCGGCCCCGGGCAGGGACGGCGAAGAGGGGGAGAAGAACGGCCAAGUGAGCGGCGGCCGCGCCGUGGGCAACAUGGACGCCGGUGAGGGCGAGCUCAUGCUGCGCCCCUCGCAGACCCCGCAGGAACCGCAGAGCACGGAGGGCGGCGGGCGGGCCAGCGGCAGCGGCGGCUGCCAUUGGCUAAAGGGAACGUCGUACUCCGACAUCGGAACGCUGGCCUGGAUGAUCACGCUGAGCGACGGGCUGCACAACUUCAUCGACGGCCUGGCCAUCGGCGCCUCCUUCACCGCUUCCGUCUUUCAGGGCAUCAGCACCUCGGUGGCCAUCUUGUGUGAGGAGUUCCCUCACGAGCUGGGUGACUUUGUCAUCCUGCUGAACGCCGGCAUGACCAUCCAGCAGGCGCUUUUUUUCAACUUUGUGUCGGCCUGCUGCUGCUACCUGGGGAUGGGCUUUGGAAUCCUGGCCGGAAACAGCUUCUCCCCCAACUGGAUCUUUGCCCUGGCGGGAGGCAUGUUCCUCUACAUUUCUCUGGCGGACAUGUUCCCCGAGAUGAACGAGGUGAGCCGUGAGGAGGAGAACGCCGGCGGCGGCAGCUUCCUGCUCACGUUUGCCAUCCAGAACGCCGGCCUGCUGACGGGCUUCGGCAUCAUGCUGCUGCUCACCACCUACUCCGGACAGAUCCGGCUAGCCUAGCUGCCACGAUGCUUCUAGGAUGUCACGCGAGUGGCUGGCUGGCUGGCUGCCUGACGCUGCAGGGAAGCCUUCGGGAUGUGGUGAGAGCACACUGUUUGGUUCCUGCGCCGUUCUUCCUCCUUUUGGGAUUCAGCUCCCAAAGAAAACAGACUGCAGGCUAUUUUUUUGUCUUGUUUUUUCAUUGUGUUGAAGAGGAGCAGCGUCAGCCCUUCUUCCAUCUUUAAAACGCCGGUCAAACUCCCGCUUUGGUUUUGUUUUUCAGAAGGGUAGUAUUAAAACAUGAAUCUGCACUUUUACAGGAGAACAUUGUGAAGCUCUGCUCAUUGAUUUAAAGUGACUGCACCGACCAAAGAUUUGAAAAGGUUCCCCUCAUGGCUAGAUUCUACUUCUUCAUUGUUAAAUUAAAGGUUAAAUGACUUACUAGAUGACUUACUGCACAAGCAACUUGUUUGGAACUUUGGACAUGACGUCAUUCUCUGUUAUACUUUGUGCGUGCGUCCGUGCGUGCGUGCGUCCGUGCGUGCGUGCGUCCGUGCGUGCGUCCGUCCGUGCGUGCGUCCGUGCGUGCGUGCGUCCGUGCGUGCUCUCACCAGCAGUUAGUGUGGAGGCCAAAAUGAACAACAUGCAUCAAUUGUGAUCUCAAUUAAUUCAAAGUUAGGCAAUUAAAUUACUUAAACUUAUAAUUAAUUCCAAUGUCCAACCUAUUAUGAAUUAUUUUCACAAUCGAAUGAAUGGACAAUUUACUCCCAUUAUGUCAUGAAUGAAUUAAAAUGUGGAUUCAUAGAGAGGUCCAUUUAAAUAAUUUAUAUAUAUGUAUAUACAAAAAAAAAACCCUGUUAUUUUUCACGACUAAUUUCUUUAAUCAUUCAAUAGUCAGUUGAAUUCUAAGGUUUGAAUCCUUUACUGUUAAUGAUAGUCGCUUCGUAUUUAUUUAAUUUGGGCAUCAAAAAAUGAUAUAUUAGACUUAAAACUGUGUGAAGACGCACACAAACAAACAAACAAACAAACACACACACACUUUAGUCACUUAGUGGAGUGGGUGUUUGACGAGGGUUGUUUCCAGAGAGUUGCUGACAAUGUUGAAUCCUUGAGCAGCAGCAGAACAGAUUUGAUAUCAUAUCAACAAAAAUGGACGACAAAGGGUCCAGCCGGUGUGAUUUUUUUUUCUAUAUUUGAAAAAGACAAUUACAAUAUUUAGCAGAAUACGCAUUCCGAGAAUCGAUUGAUCGGCAGAUUAAUUUCAAAACUGUAUAAUGAAUAAAAAUGACUUUUUUGGGUUCAGAACAUUGACUGUAUUACAAUAGAUUGUCCUUUAGUAUUGAACUUUGCAAUGGAUAGAAACAUCUGCAAAACAAAACAUCCAAUUUAGAUUUUUUUAAAUGCUAUUUUCUUAGUUUUAUGUUGUUAUGUGAUGUGUAACAAUACAUAAUUAAAAUGACAAGAAUUGAAUUCCAAUCAAUUUUAAAAAUGUUAGCUGCAGUAGCAUUCUGGUAAUAAAUGGAUUUUGAGGUCAGCUCCAUCGUUGCUGUUUCUUAACGACAAAAAUGUACACGGUAGAAUAUUUAAAUGUGUGUAUACAGGCUUGUGUCAGACUUUGAUUGUGUUAACGGUGAAUUCCAUUCAACUGGGUUGAUUGUUCACGUUCGCAAAUGGUUAGAAAAAACAGAUCUUGCUAACCCUAACCCCUAACCCUAACCAUCCCCCAAUUCUCUUUCUAUUUUUAUGUAUGUAAAAAAAGCAACAACAACAAAAAUCCAAGAAAGGCAAGGCUAUGUGCUAUUUAAUCUGACUUUAUACUUGACCAAUAAAAGUAAGAUUUUUCCACG